AUGCACUAAAACAAUUUUUGUAAUUAAAGUGAAAAAAGAAAAGAGUCAAAUACUAUGACCUAUGAUUAUUAGAACACAGAUAAAUUUGAUAUCAAUUUAGACAAUGAUGUGGAAUAAUUGCCUAUGUCUAUGCCUUAACUUAAAAAUAUUAUGUAUGUAUUCAAUCUAUUUUUAGGAGCAUCUUAUCAGAUAAGUUCAAUGAAGAAUUAGAAUCACCUAUAAUCAUGAAGGUUCAAACAGAGAACCCUAUAGAGGAUGUUGAAAAUGAUAAAUACAUUUAAGAGCCUAACUUUAAAAUUUAAGUUUAGCCAUCUAAACAACCUAAAGAAAUUUAAACCUAGAAUUUAGAACAUAGAAAUAGAAGAAUUCACAAAUAAAAGAUAAAUAAUACUUUAAUAAGAAACUUAGAGUUUAAUUAAGAAUCUGAUCUAAACUCCUUAUCUAAUGAACAUACUACUACUCCAUGUAAUUGUUCUAAUUCUCAUUGUCUUAAGUUGUAUUGUCAAUGUUUCCAUUAAAAUAAAUAAUGUACAGAACUUUGCAAAUGCGUUGAUUGCAAGAAUUAUGAUUAUCAUCUAUAAGUGAGAUAAACAGCAUUAGAGAAAAUAAAAAUAAAGUCUUAACGAUAAAAACAUGAUAAUGAUUUAUUUGAUCUAUCCAAAGUUUGGGGUUGCAAAUGUUAAAAAUCAAAAUGUUAAAAAAACUAUUGUGAAUGUUAUAUAAGAAAUUAAAAAUGUACUUCAAAUUGUAAAUGUAAAGAUUGUGCUAAUAAGAAAAGAAUACCAGUUUAAUUAAAGAAGAAGAAGAAAAUUGAAACUGUUUCCAAUUGA